AUGGCAGCCCAACCCACAACCAAUAACAACAAGACCAGUCCACCAAACAACAACCCAACACUCGCACAGGCUAACCAACUCAAUCCACCAGCAGCCUCGAAUCCAGGGACGACGACUACCGCACCCACCACCCCCGUCCCGCCACAAUUCAACCUCACCGAAUGCUCAAAGUAUCUCUUCUCUCAGAAACCGGAACUGUAUAAGCCUCCAGUGCCUUCAGGCGGAUGGGCCGCAGUGAAAUGUAAAACCAUCUCAUCGUUUUCAUCUGUCUGUCUCCUCAAAACCCUCUACCAGAUCCAGCAGCUGAUUUAUUUUCAACUGUCCGACGGUUUGUUUUUGAUUUGAUUUGAUUUGAUGAUGAAAAAAAAAUAAAUACUUCGAUGGCCAAUGGAGCC